AGCGAGUUUACUUGGUGCAGGAGGCAGCGCGGCCGGCCGCAGAGGGGGCGCCGCCGUCCGCGCCCCGGAGGGAUGUGACCCGCAGGGCCGGGGCCACCCGGGCAGCAAUCGCGCCCCCCACGGGGCCGCCCAGCAAGGAAGCAGAAACUCAGUGCUUGACUGCUUGGAAGACCGGGACCUGGAAGGAAGGAGAGAUGGAGACCUUGGGGCUCUGGUGACACUGCCUAGGAGUCCUGCACCUCUGAAAGGAAGGAGGUGCACCGCCCCGCCCCCGCCCCGCAGCUCCUCAAUGCUAACCCUGAGUGUUCCCGGGCGGGGGCGGGGCGUGCUCAUAGGAAGGAUGCGUCCUGGAGCCAGGAGUGCGGUGCGCGCGGCCGCCACUGGGAGGAGAAACCCGAGCCGAGGUCCACGGAGGAGCGGGGUGAGGUCUGGGUCCCCUGGCUUAGGGCUGGACUUCUGCACGGUGAAUGUGUGAUCAGGAGCACGGGGAACUCUGUGAUUAGCAGCUAAGCGAAGCCCCCGCCCGGUGGCGCUGGGGACGUUUGCUCCCUGUCCCCAGCUAGUUCACUGAGCGGCUGGCGGGGUCUUUCUUCUCCACCGUUCUGAUUGGUUAGCUGCCGCUGUGUUUCUCUGAGCGCACUGCGUUCUAUUCUCCAUGGACUGCUGCGCACCUUGGCACUGGAUUCCUUGGGGCAGGGACACGUGACCCUGCUGUUUCCAGCCUCCUGGGGCAGGCACAGGAGAGGAUACCUGUGGCUCACCCACUGAUGCUCCCCAAGCAUGCAAGGGAGGACGUUCGCCAUGGUGUGGUGGUGCGUUUGGGAGGCUGAAGCAGGAGGAUCACCGGGAGUUUAAGGCCAAUCACUGAGACCGUGUCGAAGAAACAGAAAAAAGAAAAAAGAAGGACUUUCAAGUGAGUUCUCCUAUGACCUUGACGGAGCAGGCGUGCACUUCCGGUUUCUAACAGGCCCUGCACGCCCCGAGUGGUGUAAGGUGCCCCUGAGACGUUCUUUACUAUCCUGAGACGAGCGACAUCUUUCGAGUAAAUUGUUGGCGAUGGGCCAGACCCUGUUUGAUAUUAGAUUGACUUGUUCACUCAUCAAAUGCGUCUUGAGUGUCUGCUGCCUGCCAGGCACUGCAGCAGGUGCGGGAUGGAGGAGGGAGUAGAGCGAGCGUAAAUCCCGUGCUCUCCUGGACAUGCGCUGUGCCGGUGCUGCGCAGGUGGACGUGGCCCCUAAAGAUGGUGAUGCUCUUUUGAGACCAGGACCCCAGCACAGGACACGGGGUCGGGUCCCCCUCACCCUGCACCCCUCAGUCUGCUCUCAUCAACAGCUGGCGCCCCCCAUCCUCAACUCCAAAAGAGAUGCCUCCCACGUAGGACGGAAUAUUAGGAGAAUAUGAAAGUGUCGCUCGGGGUUGUGCAUUGCAUGGUGCUGCUGGUGUCUCUGGAGGCUGAUAAAUGCGCUGAACGUGAAGAAGAAGUGAUUUUAACUUCAUCUGCGAACGAAAUUGCUGUUGGUACCUGCAAUCUUAACUCAGAGGACGACAUAGGUCCUGUGACCUGGUAUGAGAAAGAUGGCGAGACACCUGUCUGUAGGAAUGAAACCUGCAGGAUCAACCAGCAGAAAGAAAACAUUUGGUUUGUUCCGGCUAAAGUUGGGGAUUCGGGACCUUAUUAUUGCUCUGUAAGAAAUUCAACUUCCUGCCUCAGAAUUAAAAUAACUGCCCGUUUCUUGGAGGAUGAACCUGACUUGUGUUAUAACACAGAGGUUUUAUUCACACAGAAACUGCCCAUCUCAACAGACGGCAGACUUGUGUGCCCUUAUCUGGACUUCUUUAAAAAUGAACAUAACGAGUACCCCACAGUAGAGUGGUAUAAGGACUGCAAACCUCUACCUCUGGACGGCACCCAGUUCGUAGGAAUGCGAAAUAUACUCCUGGUGAAGAACGUGGCCCAGGAGCACGGGGGGAACUACACUUGCCACGCGUCGUACUCGUACUUGGGGAAGGUGUACCGCAUCCGGCGGGUGAUAGCGUUCCUCCCUUUCGAGGAAAACAAGCUCGACCUGCCUGUGAUUGUGGACCCCAAGAACGAGACCGUGGAAGUGGAGCUGGGAUCCAGUAUCCAGCUGAUCUGCAACGUUACGGGCCGUUUCACUGACUACGUCUCCUGGAUGUGGAACGGGUCAUACAUCAGUGAUGAGGACCCCAUCCUGGUAGAAGACUAUGACAUAUUUGAACAUCCUUCAGACAAAGGCAAAUACAUAAUCAUCGUAAUGCUUAAUAUUUCAGAAGUCAAAAGUCUGUUUUAUCUCCAUCCAUUCACCUGUGUGGCCCAGAAUGAAUACAGUUACGAGGCAGCACACAUCAAGUUUAUACAUCCGGUCCCUGAUUUCCAGAAGUACGUGAUUGGAGUAUUUGUCACAUUGACAUUUAUAAUUACGUGCUCAAUUUUCAUCUAUAAAAUCUUCAAGGUUGACAUUGUGCUCUGGUACAGAGAUUCCUGCUAUGAUUUUCUUCCCCAAAAAGCUUCUGAUGGAAAGAUCUAUGAUGCUUAUGUACUGUAUCCGAGGACCCUCGCAGAAGGCUCCACCUCAAGCUCAGAUAUUUUCGUGUUUAAAAUCUUGCCUGAGGUCUUGGAGAAACAGUUUGGAUAUAAACUCUUCAUUUAUGGGAGGGAUGACUGUGCUGGGGAAGAUGUGAUCGAGGUGAUGAAUGAAACCAUCCGGCAGAGCAGGAGACUGAUCAUCAUUUUGGUGAGAGACAUAGUGAGUUUCAACUGGCUGGGCCACACGUCUGAAGAGCAGAUCGUGAUGUACAGUGCCCUCAUUAAGGAGGGAAUUAAGGUGGUGCUUGUUGAGCUGGACAAAAUCCAAGACUAUGAGAAAAUGCCAGAGUCCAUUAAAUUUAUUAAGCAGAAACAUGGGGUCAUCCGCUGGUCAGGGGACUUGAGAGAAGGACCACAGUCUGCAAAGACCAGGUUCUGGAAGCACAUCAGGUACCAAAUGCCUGCCCUGCCACUGUCACCUGCCUCCCAACAGCAGUUAUUGGCCCAGGCCAGCAGGCAGCACUACACCAAGACACUGCAGAGCGAGGCUCACUUGCCACCUGGGUAGCCAGAAACGCCUGGCAGGGGUUCUUCAGGUGAUUCUUGUCUCACGGUGCUGCAGGAUGGACUGCACCCCUGGCUGACUUCCGUGGUCAUGCCCUGGACCUGUCCAGUCCCUGCUCCAUAAAGAUCGUUGAGGGCACAGGAGGCUGUGACAGUAGCAGCCUGGUGCGAUUCGGAGCAGAGGUGUAGGCCCUCCUAAUGGGUGACCAGUGACCUGUCCUUGUCCAAGACAGGGACUGUAAACUGGAAGGGAAAGCAUGCAGGGCGUGGCCGCCCUCCCAGCGGAUUUCUGAAGUUGUGCACAGCGCUGGGGAUGCUGCCAGGUCCCGGACCCCCCGGGCUGUUCUGGGCCACGCUGUGGGUUAAAUUCGACUCCUGCCUCGUGGAGGGAGGAGAUAUGUUCUUGGAGAACUUCCUGUGCUUUGUGUUUUCCACUCACACCCACAGCCUGCAGUCAGGUUCCAAGGACCAGAUUGUGUGCACUAUGGUAACAGCUGUCAUUUCAGCGAGAAGGGAUCCUCUGGGUGCCAAGGUGGUGGCAGCUUUCCACAGAGGAGAGAGGAUCUGAAAGCGGCGGUGGCUGAACCUGACCGCAUCUUCUUCUCCUGCUGGGACCAGCCAGAGCCCGUUGGUCAGUUGCUCCUUCUCCUCAUUUCCCUGGGCUGCUUGUUUCUUUGCAGAGUCAGCUCUGCAGGGGCUUCCUCCCUUUGUCACUGGAGGCUGCACCCUCUCGCCCCCACCCUGGUUGACACCCCUGUGAUGCCUGCUGCUCAAGACCAGGGGCAGGCUCUCCCUCGCCAGUGCCACCUGUCCCCAUGUCACCCUGCCCCAGCUCCCCACCCUAUCCCCACUUGUCCAUGAGCCCCACAUGCUGCUGUGUGAACAGAAUUCCCCUUGUACGUGCUCCGGCGGAUCUGGAGUCCCGAAGUUGGGUGCUUGGCCUCAGGGCUGUGGACCCUGGAGGUCCUCCCUCUGGAGCCCCGUCCCUCCUGCCACUCUGUUGCUACUUGCCAGUGGCUCUGGCUGGAGCAGGGCACGUGGGUACCUCUCUCUUUCACUUCUUCCAUCAACAAUUUGCACAUAUGACAGAUUUCCAUAGUGCCUCAUUGUUUAGAAAUCUCUUCUGAUAAUUGUAUUUAAUUUUUGUAAGUAUUCUAAUUUUAUAUAAAAAAGUGACCUAUGUUUAAAAAAACAAAAACAAGCAAACAAAAAACCAACUCAGUGCUGUUGGCCCAAGGGCCCGCAUCUCCCUCUCUGCCUUCUUGGUGCUCUGAAUACUUGACCUCCCGUCACCGUCACCACUGCUCCUUCCCCGCACUUUGGUGCUGAGUGGGAACAGGUGGGAGUCCCAGGAGGCAGUGCAGCCUGGAGAGUUUUCACAGAAGAAAGAAAUUCAAAACUUUUCAGUGUUGGUAUUUAUGAAAAUUAUGGUUAGGUUUUAUGAAGACCCUUUUCACCUUCAUUUAUUUUAUUCUUCCCCUAAAGAUGACUGUUUCUUAGUCAAGUGUAAUUAAAAGCAAAUUUGGGUUGGGUUCAGAACUAAAUUACAUGUUGAAAAUGGAUGACAGUCCUGAGGGUAAGUGGAGAGUCUGCAGAGUCUUGGAGUGCAGUCCGCUGUGCUAGUCAGAGGCCCUCGCUUGAUUCUGGAAGUUAUGUGAAGGAGGCAGGCCUUUUGUUUUUGAUAUUUUUAGUAUUUUGUGCCAUGGGUGAACACAUGGGUAUUUGGGAGGAAAUUUCUCCUCUCCUCCAAAGUCCUCACAGUCUCCUCUCCACCUGGUCUUGGCUCCCUGCUCUGAAGAAGAGGACGGCUUUGAGCUACCGUUGGAACAAAGGCCCUGUGGUCAUCUGGCAGCACAUAGAUGCCACCCGAAGUCAAGUGUGGUCAGGAGUGUCAGAACCCCGCACCUCCAAAAGCUCGAUUUUGCUUGUGAUAAUCAGUUGAUCCUCCAGAGCACACGAUGGCCUGCACAGUGCAGAGCUCAAGCUAAUCCUGAAACUUAGAACUAGUGAAGAAAUAGGAGAUGUGGGGACAACCAAGAGUGACAGGAGUGUGUAUCUGGGGUUUCAGGAAGAACAAGCAUCAGGUGACAGACGCAGGUGAGGGGUCUCAAACGGAAAGCUCAGUGCCACCGUCUUGGGGCUCCUGAGAAUGGUGCUGCAUUUCCAGCCUGUGAACUCCCUUCCAGUCGUCCUCACCCCUUAAAUGUAAACGCACAAAUCAAACGGUCUUCCAAAGUCUCUCCCUCCCAUGCUUUCCCAUUAAUUGGAUUUCAUAUUGCACUUUCCGAUGGCAUUUUAAAAGGCAGUCUGUGAGCUGCUGAGGAGUUUGCAGAAGCAAUGAAGUAUUUAAGUUGCUAAGCUGGUUUAGCACAACUUAUAUUUUCUCUCUCCUUUUUUAGAAAAAAUUCUUUUUACUUGCAAGACAAGAAAAAAUAUUGAGCCAUUUUUGAAAUGUCAUUUUUGAUAAGUUAUGUUUCUACUGGUUAAUGUCGAAGGUUUAAAAAACAAAAAAUAAACCCAUUUGUUUGUAUAAUUCUGCUGCAGAUGCCCAGUAUUUUUGUAUCUUAAGACACCGGAUGACCGUACAGUGUGUGUUUUCAUCAGUGGCCUGUACUGGUUUUCCAAUAAAGCUGUGACACCUCGUGUCAAACACUGCUGGGAA